CGCCCGGUCCCUCCCGCGGGCGGCGGGGGCGGGCUCGGGCGGGAGCGGCGGCUCCGGGAGCGGCGGGACGCGGGAUGGCGGCCCCGGGGCUGGAGCGGCACCGGCUGGCGCUGCUGGCGGCACGGGAGGACGUGGGGAACCCCCGCGCCGGCACCGACUGGGCCGUCUUUGGCUACGAGAAGCACCAUGACCUGAAGCUGCUGGACUCCGGAGCCGGGGGUCCGGAUGAACUGGCCGGGAGGUUCUCGGCCGGCAGCAUCAUGUACGGGCUGUGCCGCGUCCCGGAGCCCGGCACCGGCGCCCCCCGCGUCGUGCUCAUCAGCUGGGUCGGGGAGAAGGUGCCGGAAGCCCAACGGGAAGCGUGUGCCGGGCAUCUGCCGGUCCUCAGGGGCUUCUUCCGGGAGGCCAGCGCGGUGCUGAGCGCCCGCCGCCCCGAGGAGGUGACGCGGGAGGGGCUGAGCCGGGCGCUGGCACAAGUGGAGCCCCCCGGGGCCCCCGUCACCAGGAGGGUGCCCCCCCCCGACACCCAGGAGCUGGUGGGCACCAACUACCGCAAAACCAACCCCGCGCUGGAGCUGCGCCGGACGCAGCGGGAUUCCUUCUGGGCACAGGCGGAGCGGGAGGAGCAGCAGCGCCGGGACGAGGAGCGGCGCCGGGCGCUGGAGGAGCAGCAGCGCUGGGAGCGGCUCCGGCGGCUCCAGGAGCGCCGGGAAGCGGCGGAGCGGGAGCGGCGCUGCCAGGACAAGGAACGGGAGAUCCAGGAGCAGCGAAAGGCGCAGGCUCUGCUGGAGGCAGAAGAGCGGAGGAAGGAGAAGGAGCGAUGGGAGCAGCAGCAGCGGGAGCACGAGGAGGCCAUGCGGGACCGCGGCCGGAGCAGCGAGUCCAUUGGGAAGGCAGCCGAAGCCGCGGUCCUGGUGUCGCAGCGCCCGCAGAACCCCAGGGAUUUCUUCCGGCAACGGGAGCGCUCGGGAUCCACAGCGGGGGCCCCGGACCCCGCCGGCCCCCCCCGGCCCGGCGCCCGCCGCCCGUUCCUGCGGUACCAGCGCAGCCUGACCGAAACCGCCUUCAUCUUCCGCCGCCCGGAGCCCGCAGCGCCCCAGCCCCGGGAGCCCGGAGGGAGGCCCCAAGCCCCCCCCGCCCCCGCGGGCACCGGGAGCCCCCCAGGGACCCCCAGCAACCCCGCGGGGAGCCCCCCAAGUGCCACCCUUGGGACCCCCACCAUGGGGACAGGGACCCCCCCGGGUGCCACCCCGGGGACCCCCCCAAGUCCCAUGGGGACAGGGAUCCCCCAAAGUGUCACCCCGGGGACCCCCGUAAGCCCUAUAGGGACAGGGACCCCCCCAAGUGCCUCCUUGGGCCCCCCCCCCAGCCCAGCCAGGGCAGGGUCCCCCCAUGCCACCAGCCCCGUGGGGACAGGGACCCCCCCAGCUGCCACCUCUGGAACCCCUACAGUGGGGACAGGGACCCCGCCAACUGCCACCACUGGGACCCCCCCCAGCCCUAUAGGGACAAGGACCCCCCCAAGUGCCACACUGGGGACCCCAAUCAGCCCUAUAGGAACAGGGACCCCCCCAAGUGCCGCACUGGGGACCCUCACCAGCCCCAUAGAGGGGGGGAACCCUCCAAGUCCCACCAUGGGGAAUCCUCCCAGCCCCAUAGGGGCAGCCGCAGGGUCCCCGCCGCUUCCCAGCCCCCCACCGGCUGAGAGCCCCCCCCCGGAUACCUGCCCCCUCCCCAGCCCCCCAGCGUGGGGGUCUCCAGAGGGGCUGGAAGAGGGAGGUCUGAGCCCCAGGGGGGGGUACCCAGUGCCCGCCCCCCCCCGGUGCGGCCCCAGCCCCCCCCACUUGCCGCCGGGACCGCAGCCAGGGCCUGUGGGGCCGGAGCCGCCCCGGCGAGACUCGGGGCAAAACGGCAUCGGGGGGGAGCUCUGGGCAGCCCCCUGGGAGCGGGACCCUCCCCCGCCGGAGGGGGAUGAGCCCAGCGACAGCAGCAUCCGGACCAAGGACAAGCCAGGCUUUGCCCUGCUCCUGACCCACCCGCAGCUCUUGGGGGGCUCCAGCGCCCCCCCCACGGAAGAGGAGCUCUCCCCGCACGCUGUGUAAGGGGGGGCCAGCACCCCCA